AUGUCUGUCCAAACAGCUUGGGAAGCCUGCGACAAAAUCGAUACGCUAUUCAUCCUUGUCUGCUCUGUCUUCUGCUGGCUUAUUAUCCCGGCUGUCGGGCUCGCUUACUCUGGCUACUCCACUCGUUUCAAUAGCAUUGCUUCGUUCUAUCCCGGUCUUUUGGCGGUCGCCGUCUGCUCGAUCCAAUGGUGGAUGCUGGGAUAUUCGCUCGCCUACGGUGAAGGCAAUGGCUUCUUUGGGGGCUUCAGCAAAGUGUUUCAUAUCGGCGUCCUCGCUGAACCAGUUGGCUCGAUUCCUGAGAUUCUUUUCUCAGAGUUCCAGCUCAUCUUUUGCGCGACCGUGUGCGCUAUCGCAAUCGGAGGAGCUUGUGAGCGCGGACGGCUUCUUCCAUUGAUUCCAUUCAUCUUUCUCUGGUGCACAUUCAUAUAUGCUCCUCUAGCCCACAUGGUCUGGUCGGAGAAUGGCUUUCUCGCGAACCUUGGUGCUCUUGACUUUGCCGGGGGCACUCCCGUGCAUAUUUGCAGCGGUGCCACCGCCACAGCAAUGAGCGUCUACCUCUCCUAUCCCCUGUUUCGGUCGCGACGCUCUCAAAUUCGAACCCCGCAGCACCUGUUAUUGCAUCGGCCACACAACACUUUGUGCCAACUGCUAGCACUGAUCAUUAUAUGGAAUGCGUGGCUUGCCUUUGACGCGGGAACUACGCUCGCUCUCAACUUCAAGAGUGUCAUGACCGCCUGCGUGACGAAUCUCUGCGCCUCCUCAGGCGCUCUCACCUGGGCGAGUCUGACCUACUGGGAGACUGGAAAGUGGAGCUUGGACAGCACUUUCUUAGGCGCGAUCGCAGGACUCGUUCUAAUCACGCCGAGCGCAGGCUUCAUCGAUAUGAGCACGGCAAUGGGGUUUGGCGUCCUAGGUGCUGCAUGCGGGUAUCAAGCACUCAAAAUCAAGUUCACCAAACGAGCGAAACUUCUGCGCUGGGUCGACAACGGGGACACGUUUGCUACACACUGCCUGGGUGGGUUCUUGGGCACGAUUGUAACUGGCCUAUUUGCACAACGAGAAGUCGCAGCAUACGAUGGCGUCACCGACAUCGUCGGCGGGUGUUUCUUCGAUGGCAACUGGAGACAGCUAGGAAUACAAAUCGUCGAAGCGCUGAUCGGGUUCGUAUGGAGCUUUGGGGGAAGCUACAUUCUGUAUGCCUUGGUGGACUGUGUGCCUGGUUUCGAGGUAUUGGCGACGGAUGAGUACGUGCACCACCCCCAGCUUAUGAAUGCAACUAACUUUGGUAGGGACGUGAUCGCAGGAAUGGACAAAUCCCAAAUGGGCGAAUCUCUGCACGAGGAACAAUGGGCCGGAGAAGAAGAUUACCAUCCCUUCGAGGGAAUUCGCUUGUAA